AUGCAAAUUGGCGCUUAUAAUUUUGAUAAUCUUAAAGAAAUUAUACGACAUGUACGACACUUUCAUAACUUUACUAAUAUUCCAGUGUUUGUGGGAAGAGAUGUUGAUUCUAUCGCUUUAAAUAGCUUUCAGGAGUUCCUAAAUGAGCAAAUCAGUUCAACACAAAUUAUUUUUACAAGAGAGGCAAAAGAUAAUGUAUGGAAUUUAUUGCGAAAUUAUGUGAAUGAUGAAUUGCUCAGCAUUGUGUUCUGUGAGUCAAGCACAGAUAAAAUUUGGCGGAUCGUAGAUAGACGUUUGCGUAGACUACGUCGAACAAAACUAUUAGUUGUGCUGAAGGAUGUAUCGUAUGAUAAAAAUUUCAUGAACCAAAUGUUUUUGAGAUUAUGGGAUAUGCAAUUUCUGCAAGUUAUUGUUUUUAAUAAUGCAACCAUUUUCAAUUACACACCAUUUCCGCAAUUAAAAAUCUCAUCGAUCAGUUUAGGCAGUGAAGAUAUAUUUCCAACUUUAAGCACAAAUUUACGGGGCUACACUGUAUCAACGCCGGUGGAAAAUGAUGUACCGCGUAUAUUUUGCAUAAAAGAUUCGAAAGGAAAACUACAUAUAAAAGGAUUUGCAUACAGAAUUUUUAAAAACUUUUUACGUCGCUUAAAUGCAACUCUGCACAUAACGAACCCACAGGCUAAACGAUCCAUCACAACCAGUGUGAAUAUGACACAUAUUAAAUAUCUAUUAAGCACACACCAAUUAGAAAUUACUAUGCAUCCAUACACUGGUAUAAGCGAUAAUGAAGGCAUUAUGAGUUACUCUUUGUAUAUAUUGAAGAACUGCCUCAUAGUUCCAGUGAAAAAUGAGAUCCCACGUUAUAUGUAUUUAGUGCGACCAUUUCAUUUGAGCACGUGGUUGUUGAUAGUAUUAGCUUUUGUCUAUGUUGCAUUUAUAUUAACUUGGUCUAGUCCUGUGCUAUUACGUGAUCGUAAAUUGUCUGAUCGUUUCUCGCGUGCAUUUUUGGAAAGCAUUGCUCAGUUAACAUUUCUAUCAUCCGUAUAUCGCAUAAAUCUACCUAAACUUCCUUACUUAUGCAUUUAUUUGCAGUUGGCAAUUCUGGGUUUUUUCAUAACAACUUGGUAUAGUAAUUUGCUGGGAAGUUUCUUCACGACAUUUUUGGUUGGUAAGCAGGUGGAUUCCUUUGAGGAUCUAAUUGCUACAAAGUCACUUAUAUUAGCAAAAUAUUAUGAAACGAACUUGCUGCUAGAACAAAUUCCAACGCAUCUAGGAAAAAAAGUGGAACCUCUGAUAGUGCCUGUAAAUGCCAGCGUACAAGUAUCUCAUUUAUUAAACUUCAACACAACAUAUUCAUAUCCUUUUACUGAGGAACGUUGGAUAUUUCUAUCACUUCAACAGCAAUAUGCUAAUAAACCCAUUUAUCGAUAUUCUCAUAUAUGUUUCGGUACGCCACGUAUAGCGUUUCCUAUGCGAACCGAUUCACAUUUUGAACAUCCUAUGACACAAUUCUUAAUGGAUGUACAAAUGGCCGGUUUGGAUCGUUAUUGGCUAGUGGCUGAUUUUAAGGAUGCACUUAAGGCGGGCUAUGUACGUUUAAUUGAUAAUAUCUUACCACUUAAAGCAUUGGAUUUAAAUAGUUUACGAUUAGCUUGGUGUUUAGUGGGUGUUGGUUGGACUGUAGCAAUUUUAACAUUUGUUUUGGAGAUUUAUGUACAUCGAAGAAGAACUUAUCAGAAGUCCAAUAAAGUUUUACAUAUAUCAGAUGUAAAUUUUUAG